AGAAAUACAUAAAACUAGAACACACUCAUGCCAGACGUAUUUAAUACUAGCACACCCAAAUGUGGAUCUACAUAUCUGUGCAUAUAGUGUCCGGAAUACUAAUUAUUUGGAUAUCCGUGACUAAGCUGCAUUGGAUUUAUGAACCUGCUGCUGCACUAUAUAGAUGUCACAAGAACCGUACACCACCUCCAUCUUUGCACUACAAAAUCUGACUAUCAAUUCAUCCCCACCUCUCUCUCAGCUACAAAGCCUACAAUACAAUUUCAGCUAUCCUUGCAGCAAUGGCAACCGCACGGGCGACCGCUGCCUUCUCCUCGGUUGCCAUCAUGCUCCUUUUUGUGUGCGUCGGCGCACAUGCCGGCGGGCGCGGCGACAAGGUCAAGGUGGUGGACCUCGUGGUAGAAACCUGCAAGAACGCUUCGAGCAGCUGCCGCAACAAGCACCUGAACGUCACCCAGGAAUUCUGCGUGCAGACUCUCCGGUCGGACAAAAGGAGCUCCAAGGCCAAGGACCUCCGUGACCUGUCCCUCGUCGCCGUCGACAUCCUCAAGAUCCGUGUGGCAGCUGCCGGCGGCAAGGUGAAGGAAGCACUCCAGAAAGCCAAGAAAGGUACGGACGAGGCACUCGGCCUCAGGUAUUGCCAGGUGGACUACGAUGCCGCUAUCGGCACCCUCGGUCUCUGCGACGCCAUGCUCAGGGACUUCCAUGUCCCCAGGGGCGACGCCGACGGCCCGUGGUCCUUUGAACUGCCCGAGUGUGUGGAGAAGGCGACUGACCAUGUCAGCGACUGCUGGCAUGAUCUUCACAUGGAUAGCCAGACACUUAUCAAUGAAAACGAGGAGCUGAUCAAGCUGGGCGACCUCAACAAUGUCUUGCUAGGGCCAUAUGACUUUGAUAGUUAAUAAUCUAUUUUCUACCG